CAAUGUUCAUGUGAGUCUCAACUAGCUGCUCAGCUGCAGUUUCCCAAAUAAGACAUACAACCUUGACGACACGCUCAGAGGCUUCUCACGACAUAGUAGCUCUGAUGUUGUUGCAACUUUCGAAAAACCCUCAGUUCAGACGAUGACCACGCCCCUCGAUGUGGACCCGACAGACUUCCUCAGAAUUACGCCGGUAGUCGAGCAGGAUGAAGAUGGUCAGCCAAAGCAUCCUCAGAAGAAGCAUGCUGCCACUGGCGCGUCAGCGGCAGGAAUACGAGCAUUCAGCGCACAAUUCCUAUCAUUUUAUUUCCGUGCGCCGGUGAAAGCGUUCUUCCCUACGCGGGUUGAUUACAUGGCAUUUGCCCGAGCCAUUAAUCCUAGAGUCCGCGCAAAAGAACGCUGGUCAUGGCGCAUGACCACGCCGGGCCUGCUUGCCCAUGCAGUAAAAUACCACGGCUGGAGCUUCAUUCCAAACCAGGUUCUCCCGCCAUUAAUUGCGAACGUCAGCGUCGGAACCAUUCUCUACACAGGUUAUCUCCAAACCCUCGCGCACUACCACGAGCCGUCAGCGCAUUCAAGUAAACGACCGUACCCCCCGCCUCCACCGGCUGCCACAUUUGCAGCUGGCUUCACAGCAGGCACCAUUCAAUCACUUGUCGCAGCGCCACUAGACGCGCUGCAAGUGCGCUUCAAUGUCAGCGAUAUGCUUGAAGGCCAUUACAAAAGCAUGUGGGAGUACGGGCGGCACAAGCUCCAGGAAAUCGGUCUGCGCGGUGUAUUCGCCGGCUGGACACUCUCCUUCCUCAAGGACGCGCUUGGAGCCGCAGUCUUCUUUAGCACAUUCGAAUACGUCAAGCAGCAAGCAUACUAUGGUUUUGUUACACAAUACUACGGUUCCUUCCAGCCACCGCAUCCUUUUCUCUCUCCUCCCACAGGAGGCGACGGGUCAUCUACUUUCUCCACAUCUCCGUCCUCAUCUCCUUUUAGACAACCCACCGCUCCCUCGCUUUCAUCACCAUCGCCAUCUUCGCCAUCUUCUCCAUCUGUAGAUAACCCUACCUUCACGCAGGUAGACGCCGCGGCAAUCCCAGGCGUACCCAGUCCAACUCCACAUCUCACGGACACCAACGUCCCCGCAACCCCCGGAAUCCCCUCACCGUCCUCCUCAUCCGAAUCUCCCGAUCCAUUCGUCAUCCCUGACGGACCAGGCGAUACGGCGUUUCUCCCAGCCAUUUUACCAGCCGAUUACCCUACUCCUCGGCCCACCAUCAAGCCGCAUUUCACUUUAGAACCCGCCUUUCUUCUUUUAGCGGGCAUAUCCGCAGCCAUUGCACAACAAAUCAUUCAGCACCCACUCACACUCAUCCAAAACAUACACUACGAGCGCCUCGAAGCCCUCGAUUACCAGACCCGCCUCGAGCACACCACUGGCGGUGUGAUGAAACGGUACUAUCACGCCUACGAGAAAACAUUUGAACAAUGCCAGCGCGAGGCUCGACGCGCAGGAGGUUGGCGCACGUGGUUGUACAAGGGCUUCUUCUUCUGCGCAAUGCGUCAGGUGCCGAGUACGAGUGCAGGCCUGAUUGUGUUUGAGCUCGUGCGCAGAAAGUACGGAACUCAGGCAGAGGCCGCGAAGAUCGAAAAGGAUGGGUACGAUAUCUUGUUGUCGUGACAGUGCUGUGAUACAAUGUACUGCUCCUGCUCUCAUCACUUCAGAUUCAUGGACCGGCGUUAUAUAGACAGGGCGCAAUUUUUUUUUUUUUUUUUUU